UCUCUGACGUUAAGACUUCAAGACUAUCCGUCUUUGUCACAUCUUGUUGUUUAUGUACCAUCUAUCCAUGGAAGUAAGUUUGUUGUAGAUUGUGAAUUCUUUAAAAGAGAGACAAGGUCCAUACAGCUUCCUGUAACUCAUCUUUUUUCCUUUGGAUUGUCUUCAAGGAAAGUGAAAUUAAACACAAGCGGCCUGUUCUAUAACAUAGAGCUUCUGAACUUCGGACAGAUAUACCAAGCUUUUCAAGUCAACAUAGACAGCAAGUGCUCAGGAGUCAAAGAAGAAAUAACUAGUAUCUAUAAACUUCACAUUCCCUGGUCUUAUGAAGAUUCGCUAACCAUUGCACAGGUCCCAUCUUCAACAGAAAUUUCUCUGAAACUCCAUGUUGCCCAGCCAGACAAUGACAGCCACGUCGCGUUAUUAAAAAUGUACACGUCUUCCGACUGUCAGUAUGAGGUGACGAUUAAGACUUCCUUUCCGCAAAUACUUGGACAG